CUCAAUUCAAAUAAUUACUUCUUUAAAUGUGUUAAAGGCGCCGCAAUGGAAUUAGCUAGUAAAGGUGUCCGUGUGAACAGUUGUAAUCCGGGAUUUGUUGAUACCGACUUUUAUACAAUUGCAAGGGGCAUUGGAACAGACACCGAAGAAUACAAUGAAAUUGUCGAGCAGAACAAACGUAAACAUCCGCUACAACGAAUCGGAUAUCCUGACGAUUGUGUGAGCGCUAUCUCAUUCUUGGCUAAUGAAGAAGGUGCUAAAUUCAUUACCGGAGUUCUUUUGCGUGUCGAUGGGGGAAUUUCUACAAAGGGAGCAUUUUAGAAGAAUACAAUGAAUUUUCUACAUUCAACCGAAAUUUAGUACAAUGGAUGUCAACCUACGUGUCAACGCUUACAAUAGCCUACCCAAUAAAAUUAUCCGUACAAACAACAAAUGGUUGAAGAGCUCUCAACGGAAUUAUACCAAUCUGUUAAAUUUCAUUGAAAAUUCAAUAAAAUAUGGUUGACA